CGGUAGUUCACACGAGCUUCACGACCACGUGUAUAUUUUGAACUGACGGGUGAAUAUAAUAACACGAGACAAUUUCUAAGUUAUUACACCGGCAUACAGUGUUUGUUCAAUAUCAACACGUAGCGCGGAGCUACUGGGGAUAAUGUUCGCGUUGGUGAAGUUCAAAGUGCAAUGUUCACGUCACGAUAUGAAAAACAUUGUUCCCGUGACAAAAAUUAAUCACUUUGAUGCCGAUAACAUCGAUCAUCGAAAGUAUUAUAAUAUCAAGUGUGGACCUGCAGGCUCAUACUGCCAGGCUAUCAUACUCUGUGUUGACGACACUAUUGAAAAAUUACGAGCGAAAAGUGGAGAGAAAAGGCAAGUUGCACCUCCUUCGAAUUUGAUUUUGUCAGCUUCGGAAAUAUCUUCAGAAGACUCCGACGCAUUAGCUAAACGUGCGAAAAAGGCACCAUCGCGUCAUGAAUCUCAGAAGAUAAAACUAAAGUUGAAUGAAAAAUUAGAAGCACUUCGACAAAAACACGUUGCAGAAGAUACGAUGACACCUGUAGGAAAUGAAGUGAACACUAUUGAAGAUGAUCAGGAGAAUAUCGAACCUGGUGAAGUCCACAAUGAUAAAAAGAAUAUGAAAAAAAGUGGCCCGAUUAAACGAAAAGCUACGGAUGCAGACGGCUGCGGUUCAGGGAAAAAAUCUACAAGAUCUCACGAAUCCUUCGGUGAACCAGUGGCUGAGAAAAUGACCAAACCACAGAAGCCCAAUUCAUCGGCUGAUAAAGUGAGAGAGGCUCAAAGCUCUAUUCUGACGGAGCCUAAUGCGAUGACACCAGACGAUGUAGAACUUAGCAAAAACAAGCAGUCGCCGGAUAGUGGUCUUGAUGUAGGUAAAAAAUCCGCUCAGUCUCCCAAAGCCUUAGAUAAACCAAUGGUCGAAAAAAUAGUUAAACCUGCAAAGAAGCCCGAUUCGUCUGCUGUUAAAAAGAAGGGAAAUCGAAGCAGUAGUAUGACGGCGAAGGACAGUAAUACAUCAGCGGCACGAAAGACGACCGAUAAUACCCUGGACAGCAAAAACAUGAAUUCGGGAUGUGAUGACCUUAGUCAUGCAGACCUCUUGCAACAGAUUAAAAAUCUAAAGGCGAAAUGUUCCAAAGAUGAAACUACGAUUGCCAGUCAAAAUUUAAUGAUGAAGGAACUUACAACACUGAACAUGGAACUGCAGCGCGAUGUCAUCCAGUAUUUCAAAGAAUUCAAAGUUAUGUCGGAACAAUAUGACGGAGUCAUACGUAACUUGGAAGGUUGUAAUGCACCACCACCUGGACAUAUUUCAAACGACAAGAUUCAUUUGGGACAUAACGUAUGGAUCCCCUAUAGUACGUACAAUGGUGCCGUCAACAGGGCAAAGUCGAAUCAGAUGUUCGUGAAGGAAAUCGCCGUAGCAGUAUUUGGAUACGACGUUCUGAAAAAUAGCAGUAUCACUGGUACACAAUCAAAUAAAUUCAAAGACAAACCGGCAAAAGCAAAAUUGGAUGAAACAAAGAUGCUCGCUAUAAGUGAUAUCUACCGUCACCGCUUACUGGCCAUACAGAAGGCUUCUGAAUUCAAUACGCAAAUGGAAUUAUCAAAAGUAAACCUUUACGUCACUAGGAAGAUAUCCGACCUAAACAAACUGAAAAAGACUGAUAAGCCAUCGACAUCAUCGAUGACAUCAAGUGUACCCGAAGAGGAUGAUCAGAAAUCAGACGCGGGGGAUGAUAUAGGCACCAACUCCAACAUUACUGACGAUGUCGGAAACUCCCCUAUUAGGAUACUUGAAGAUCAUGACAAUAAAGAAGAAAAUACAGAUGCGGAACACACGCCGAAUGAGGAACUCAGCGAGUAAGAGCGAGAGUCAGUCACGUAGAGACAGUCACGGGAUGAUUUUGUCAUAUUUGUAUUCUCG